AUGGAGCGGCCGUGGUCCCGGUGGGCCAGCAUCUUCGGCAUGGUUCUUCCCCGACGGGGGCAGAACGGCGAGCCGCGCACCCUCUUCGGCUUCAUCGACUCGCGCAGGCCAAGCGUGUACCCCGACCACCUGGUCACCGAGGCCGAGGGCGUCAGCCGGCCGGUCGUCGCUGUGCCUCGAUCCCCAGUAGUGGAAGGCGAGGAACGCAAUGGCGAGCCCAGCACCGCCGCCGCCGAAGCUGGCCCCUCGUCGCUGCCCGACACAGCCACAACGCCGAGUGUGACGCUUGACGCUGCGGCGCUCGCCGCGGCCGGAGACGACGAGUACCCGAACGGCACGGUACGCACCGUCAAGCGUCCGCGGGUGAUCAACAAGCUCUCGCUCGACCUCGCGCUCGUGCCGCCGCAGACGCCGCCGAGCAGCACGCCCAACUCGCCCAGCCCACCUACAGCAAGCCACGGGUCGCCGAGCCGCGCGUCGUCGAGAACGCUGACCGCCCCUCGGCCCGCGCUCGAGACGCUGGAGCGGGCCUCGUGCGCCGCCCUCUAUUUCGAGCAGUACUACCACAACCUCACCAAGCCGGACGCCAAGCGCCAGCUCCUCCGCCGCGACACGGUCGACAUCACCCACUUUGACAUCGGCCGCGUGAUCGGCCAGGGCGCGUUCGGCGUCGUGCGUAUCGCUGCCGAGGCGUCGCGUCCCGACCACCGCCUCGUCGCCAUCAAGCAGUUGAGAAAGUCCGACCUUCUCAAGAUGGGCCAGGAGGGCCACAUCAGGGCCGAACGUGACCUUCUCACCUCUGCCGCUGACGGCGCGCUCGACACGCGCCCGUCCUGGAUCCUGCGCCUAUUCCACGCCUUCCAGGACAAGGACAGCUUGUACCUCGUUCUCGACUUCAUGGGCGGCGGCGACUUGUUAACGCUGCUCAUGGAGCGUAUCAGCCUCCCUGAGGCCGUGGUCCGGUUCUACGCCGCAGAGAUGAUCCUCGCGCUGCAGCAGGUUCAUGCGUUGGGGUACAUUCACCGCGAUGUCAAGCCAGACAACUUUUUGUUCACGAGCGAGGGCCACAUCCGUAUCGCCGACUUUGGCCUCGCGACCGACCUCCACUGGAGCCACGACUCGGCGUACUACGAGCAGCAGCGCCGGACGAUUCUGAAGAAGCACGGGUUUGAUCUCAGCAAGCCUGCGUUCGGGAACAGAAAGCGCAGAACAGGGCGUGAUCAGACCGGUGGCAGUGGUGUUGGGUCGUUACGGGAGAAGAGUCGGUCGAUACUUGGUCUCAAGGCCAAGAGCAGGCGUCGGUUGGCGUACACUAUCUGCGGAACAAACUCGUAUAUGGCGCCCGAGGUCAUCCGUGGACAGGGAUACGGAUUCGGCGUCGACUGGUGGAGUCUAGGAGUCAUUCUGUACGAGGCCAUGUUUGGCGCCGCGCCGUUCAUCGGCAACUCGCGGCACGAGGCCCGCGUCAAAAUCCUCGAGUGGAAAGACAACCUCAAGUUCCCGCGCAGGCCUCACGUCUCGCACUUUGGUAUCGACUUUAUCCGGCAGCUGCUCUGCGAGCCCGAGGAGCGCCUAGGCUCGCCAACAAGCGUGCGGGGCAAGAACCCCGUGACGGGCGUGUCAGAUCAGAGAGCGUCGCACAUUGCCGAAGUUCUGCACCCUAUCAACCCCGCCACGCUGCUCGCGCCCGACGGCGCCGAGCAGCUCAUGUCCCACCCCCUUCAGGACAAGACGCCGCCGUACCAGCCCAACCUCUCGACGCCGGACGACACACGGCACUUUGACGAGGACAUUCCCGACGAGCCACUGGCACCGGCCAACAGUGCGCUCCAGAUCCGUGACCCGCUCCUAGGCGACGGCAAGAGCGGACCGCACCUGCUCGAGAUCCGCAAGGGACUCGCGUUCCGCGGCUGGACAUUCCGCGAGCCGAGCCCAUUCGCCGCGAUGGGAGGUGACACUGAGCCAACGCCGCGGGCCACGAGCUUCCCAAAUGUUAGCGACGACUCUCGGUUUCUGGGCUCACAGUCUCCAGCAUCGGACAGCAGCAGUAUGAUGGUGGUGGCGCACAGUGGCGGCGGCGGCGGAGCUGAGCGCCUCGUCAGCGGGGGCUCGGGCUCGGGGUCAACAGCGAGCUGCACGACAGUGACAACGGCGACGUCGGAGGGGGGAAGCAAGGGCAGCGAGGAGGAAGACGACGACGACGAAGAGCAGGUCGGGGAUGAGGACGAGGAAGAUGACGAGGACGCGGACGGAGGCAACGUCCUCACGCCUCGUGGGCCCGGCGCGUACCCCGGCCACCCAGCGCACAUUGCGUCUUGCCCAGCCCAGCUCGAGGUCACGGUUAGGUAGGUAGAUGGACGCGACGGGACAGUGGGCCGUUGGCCGCUUAGAUUAGC